AUGGUGAUCGCGAUCACCAAGUAUUUCGACUGGCCACUGGACCAACUCGAUGUGGUGACAGCCUUUCUCUACGGAGUGAUGAAGGAGAAGGUGUACUGCGUGAUACCAGAAGGCGUCGAGAUGGAUGGCGACUUCGACUGUCUCGAGUUGGUGAAGGCGAUCUACGGUCUCAAGCAAGCUUCACGUGUGUGGAACGAGACUUUCGACGAGUUCGUAUGCUCUAUCGGUUUCGAAGCGUCGGCGUUCGACCCAUGUCUCUACAUCAAGGUUGUCGACGGUCACUGUGUGCUCGUGCUGGUCUACGUGGAUGACGUGUUGGUCACCGGCAGCUCGCUCGAGUUGAUUGCACAAACCAAGAACGACCUGAAGACACGUUUCGAGAUGACAGACAGCGGCAAAUCGCUUUGGAAUGGAGGAGUGCAAGGCUGUGGCGAGUCCUGUGGACGUCAGCUCUCGACUGAUGUCAAGCAACACUGCGAGCAAGAUCGAUGUUCCAUUCGUGAAGCGGUUGGUGCGUUGAUGCACCUGACCACUGCAACGCGUCCGGACAUUGCGUUUGCUGUGGGCUAUGUGUCGCGGUUCAUGGAAAAUCCCCAAGAAGAACACUGGGUUGCAGUUAAGCGUAUCUUUCGCUGCCUACAAGGCACCAAGACGCAUGGAAUUUGCUACAAGCCAAGUGCAAGGAUCGACUUCCGUAGAUAUUCGGAUGCGGAUUGGGCUGGUGAUCUUACCGACCGCAAGUCAACAUCGGGGUACACGUUCAUGCUACUCGGUGCGCCAGUGAGUUGGGGCAGCAAGAAGCAGCCAAGUGUUUCGUUGUCCACGACUGAAGCUGAAUACAUCGCACUCAGCUUGGCGAUUCAAGAGGGCAAGUGGAUUCAUGGUCUGCUUUGUGAGAUCGUGAUGGCUGCCAAUGAAGAAGGACCGGAACUCAUGAUUCAUGAAGACAAUCAGUCAUGUAUCAAGAUGACGAAGAACCCGGUCAACCACGGCCGUGCCAAGCACAUUGAUAUCAAGUACCAUCACAUCCGUGAUGAGGUCAAGCGCGGUGAAGUGAAGCUCAAGUACUGUGAAACUGCGGUGAUGUUAGCGGACAUCAUGACGAAGGGACUUCAUGGACCACGCCACAAGGAGAUGACGACGGCUCUCGGGAUUCGUGAGCAUUCGGAUUGA